AUGGGGCCUUUCAGCGCAUUCCUCCUGGUCUACGUUCUUGGUGGGCUUACCUUCAUACCGCUGGUGCUCAGCCUGCUCGUCCUCCACGCAUAUCUCACCCUCCCCGGCCCAUUAGAUAGGGACAAAGCUGAAGCCGUUGAUGUCGGCGGUCUUGAACGGAAAGGAGAUGACGAACACUCUCUCAACUCCCGUACGGCGGAGCUGGCAGAGAAGUUCCAGAGACCACGGGAGGCAGACGUAGCUGCUGGUUACUUUGCUGUAUGCAGAGAGUAUGUGCCUGGAGGCGUGAAUGGGAAGCCGCCAGAGCGAACGACUCCCGCUGGAGAGGUUAUCGCUACAGAGAGUCCCAGUGUCUACCAGAGCGUCUACCGAAGUAUAUUCGACCGGAAACAGGUUCCGACCUUGGACGCAAAUAAAGGCAAUGGAAGGAAUGUUCGAAAGGCUAGGAAUGUCUUUUACGUUAUUUUACGCCAUGGGCAUCUUAUGCUAUACGACGACGCCGAGCAGAUCGAGGUUCGAUACGUUAUAUCCUUAGCACAUCAUAAUGUUAGCAUAUACGGAGGAGGUGAUUUGAUACCGGAGGGGGAACUCUGGAUCAAGAGGAACGCGAUAUGUCUGUCGAGGAAACCAGAGGGCGAAAACAUACCGGGUCCCCGGCCACCUACGCUACCGUUCUACCUCUUUUCUGAGAACCUGUCGGAGAAGGAAGACUUUUAUUUUGCCAUCUUGAACAACCUGGAUAGGAUUCCUGGCUCAAUUGAUUCCCCUCCCACGCCUCGACAGUUUGCCACGGAAGAUAUGGUCACCCUCGUGCAGCGUCUGCAUUCAUCGGAGGAGCAUCUACAGACCCGCUGGUUCAAUGCGUUACUUGGCCGGCUUUUCUUAGCUCUAUACAAAACUCCCGAGCUAGAACAGUUCAUUCGAGGCAAAAUAACCAAGAAGAUAUCUAGAGUUAAUAAGCCAAACUUCAUCACGAAACUUGAGCUUCAGGCCAUCCACUCUGGUGAAGGGGCUCCUCUCAUCACAAAUCCACGUUUGAAGGACCUGACCGUGAACGGCGACUGUUGCAUCGAGGCCGAUGUUAACUAUAGCGGGAACUUCCGUGUGGAAAUUGCAGCCACUGCCCGCAUCGAACUUGGAACUAGAUUUAAACCACGAGAAGUCGAUCUUAUUCUCGCAGUGGUGCUGAAAAAGCUCAAGGGCCAUAUCCUACUGCGCUUCAAGCCGCCUCCAAGCAAUAGAUUAUGGAUCUCCUUUGAAACGAUGCCUACUAUGGAGAUGACAAUAGAACCCAUUGUUAGUUCAAGGCAAAUCACAUACGGUAUCAUAUUGAGGGCAAUUGAAAGUAGGAUCAGAGAGGUCGUUGCGGAAACCCUAGUGCAGCCAUUCUGGGAUGAUAUUCCCUUCCUGGAUACGGAAGAGCAGCAUUUCCGUGGAGGAAUAUGGGAAGAGGCCCAGAAGGCUCAAGAACCCGAAGUUACAGACAAAAAACCAGAGAAAGAGGAAACACCUGAUGCCACGCCAGGUGCUACGCCUGGUACUGGAACACCCGAAUCAUCCAAGGAACAUACUACUGAAGAACACGAUGCUUCAAAUGUGGUUCCCGAUACUCCAUCCCAGUCCCAGGAGACUCUGUACCAGGCCUUUACAAACUCCAUAAAUGAGCAAGAAACGUCGGAAGCCCAGGAAACAGACUUUCGCCCUUCUUCACUUCCCGAUAUACCAGGGAAGGCCGCGCAUAGCGCCCCAAAACAUCGAUCAACCCGUUCGUUGUCAUUCUCACCUGCAACCUCAGGCUCUUCAUUGUUCUCGCCAACAAUAUCUACUACCCAGUGGAAUGAUCCCACGGAGGCAUCCACACCUACUUCAGAGUCUGGUGAUACCGCAACUCCUCUAUCUAGAUCCCAUUCCGAUCAUGGCACCAACCCUGCAUCUGUAAACGAUAACAGAAUUAAUAGAAGCAACUCUCUGGCUGCUGAGGGCAUCAAAUCUUCGAAAAGCACUUCUGCGUCUCCUAACCUGGCCCCUGGUACAUUCGAGCCACGUCAAGCGAUGCUGACUAUUGGAACUGCGGCUGCGGCUGCUAAGAAGUGGGGGAUGAGCGUUCUCACCCGCCACGACCAGAGUCCAAGGCCCGGCGAAGUUCCUGACCAUCCAGUAGGUCGUGGUCGGCCUCUUCCACCUCCGGGUACGCCCCUACCUUCCCCCGGGCGGUUUAAUUUUGGCUCCAUAGCGAUGCCGAAGCGCAAACCAGUGGCUCCAUCUUUGAUAGCAUCGGAACCCUCACCGUCUGUGUCCAAGCAACAACUUUCAAAAAGACAAGACACAGUGGCAGAUAACGAUACCGGGGACCAGGAACUGCUCGUUAUAAAGGCGCCGGUGGGCUCAGAGCCUAGCAGCCCCGUGAAGGACCGUCCCGACCAUGGAGACAUGGCUGACGAGAGUGAUGAUGUGCCAGAUGCAUGGUCAAAUGAGGUCCUUAUGGAUUUCCAAGACUCCUCGUUCUCCAACGCCGAAACUAUAUCAUCGCCUUCUGAGCUCCCUCAGCCAACAGACCGGCCUGACGAAAUAAAAUUCGACUAG